GUGCAGUGUAAUCAAAUAUGGUGAACACGCACGUGUAAGUUUGGAUCAUAUAAAAAACCUCAACAAUUUAAUUUAUUUUAAAUAUUAUUAUAUUGAAUAUUAAAACAGAAGUGUUAUAAUUAUAAUAUUGAAAAUGGCUAAAUCACGAGCAGAUAAUAAAGCUCCUCGGAAACAAGGUUUUAAUCGUUCCGGGCAUAGUAUGAACCCUGAAAGACCAACUGAAGGGUUAAAAGGUGUUGCUAAAGUUAGAACUAAAGCAACUAUAAAAAGAUUACAAAUGUAUCGUAAUCAAAAACCUAAACGUAAUCGUGUAGGUAAAAUUAUUAGUCCAGCACCGUUUCAAGGUUGGCAUGCAUCUGGUACUAUGUCCCGCGUUGAACCUUCUCAAAGAUGGUUCGGUAACUCUAGAGUAAUAUCUCAAAAUGCGCUUCAGAAAUUUCAAAGUGAAUUAGGAGCUGCUAUGAGUGAUCCUUACAAAGUAGUAAUGAAACCUACACAAUUACCUGUAACUUUACUUCAACAGAAAGCUGCAAAUGCAAGAGUACAUUUGUUAGAUACAGAAAGUUUUGAAAGCGUAUUCGGUCCAAAAAAACUAAGGAAACGACCGAAUUUAGCUAUUGCAACUUAUGAUGAAUUACAAAAAUCAGCUGAAGAGAAAGAAGAAACUUAUAACAAAGAUAAAGAUUCUAAAGAUUACGAUCUGAUUCGUGAAGAUACUGGAGUACGCGACAUGCAAAGGGAUUGGGUAAUGGCAGCAGGACAAAGCAAGAGAAUUUGGAACGAACUAUAUAAAGUUAUUGAUUCUUCCGAUGUAAUAUUACAAGUAUUAGAUGCGAGAGAUCCUAUGGGAACUAGAUCUCCUCCUGUAGAAAAAUAUUUAAGAACAGAAAAGCCACAUAAACAUUUAAUGUUUAUAUUAAAUAAAGUUGAUCUUGUUCCAACUUGGGUGACACAACGAUGGGUUGCAAUUCUAAGCUCAGAAUAUCCAACAGUAGCAUUUCAUGCUUCUUUAACUAAUCCGUUUGGUAAAGGUUCUCUUAUUAAUUUAUUGCGUCAGUUCGCUAAAUUGCAUGUAGAUAAAAAACAAAUUAGUGUAGGUUUCAUUGGAUAUCCAAAUACUGGAAAAAGUUCGAUCAUUAAUACAUUAAGAUCGAAGAAGGUCUGUAAAGUAGCACCAAUAGCAGGGGAAACUAAAGUAUGGCAAUACAUCACUUUGAUGCGUCGUAUAUAUCUUAUAGAUUGUCCAGGUGUAGUUUAUCCAUCUAAAGAAACUGAUACAGAAAAAGUUUUAAAAGGUGUAGUAAGAGUUGAACUAGUUCAAAAUCCAGAAGAUUAUGUAAGUUCAGUUUUAGAAAGAGUAAAGGCUGAAUAUUUACGUAAAACAUAUAAGAUCGAAGGUUGGACUGGUCAUAUAGAUUUUUUGGAAAAAUUAGCUCGUAAAAGUGGAAAACUUUUGAAAAAAGGAGAACCAGAUAUAACGAUCACAGCACGAAUGGUUCUUAAUGAUUGGCAACGUGGAAAAUUGCCAUUUUAUGUUGCACCAUCUGGUUUUGAAGAACCUUUAGCUAAACCUGCAACAACAGAAGAGGAGAAUAUACCUACUGAAAAUGAUGCAACCACUAUCACUGAAACAGAUGAACAAGAAGAUCAAAGUAUUCCAUCUAAAGACUUGGCAAAAGUACAAUUAAACGUAAUACAAGAUCUUAGAAAAAUUAAAGUAGGAUUGAUGUACACAGGUGAUGAUGUUAAAGACAUUUGUUACAAUCAAAACGAAUUGGAACAGUUAAAUUGUAGUGAUAAUGAGAUGGACGUUGAAUCUUUUACACCAGAUGUUAGCGACAUAACUGAUACAUUAAAUGAAUCACAAGUAAAUCUUGAAGAAAAUUCUCAAGAAAAAGAAGAAAAUAUUAAUGAAGAACAUAAAAAUGAAACAACAAUGAAUACAACUAAUCCUGCUAUGGAAGAGAAUAUAAAUGAAAGUAACGGUAACUGUUCUGCAGCUGAAAGAAAUACAAGUAAUUCAGAAGAUGAAAGAAAUUCAGAAAAUAACAAUACACUAUCUAUAGAAAAAGAUAAUCUAAUGCAAAGUGUAUUUGAUGCCAUUGAAGAUGACUAUGAUUCCAGUGACAGUGAAAUGUUCAGUUCAAAAGCAUUUUCGAGUAGUGGUACAUUCAUAGUGUCAUCUAAAAAAGAAAAACAAAAUAAGAUUAAUCAUGUUAAAUUAACAAGCAAACAAAGAAGAGCUAUAGAAAGAGCAAACAAGAGAAAGAAAAUAGGAAGCAAUUUUUACGAAAUUACUAAUGUAAAGAACAGAAAUAGAGAUAGAAAGGUUCCAAAAAUAAAAAAAUAAAAAUACUGCCUACAUUUUUAUUUAUUGUACAUUUGUAAAAUAUUAUUAA